AUGAUCAAAGUAUUGUUGAUUGGUGAUGCUGGUGUAGGGAAAUCCGCCUUGAUUGUGCGGUAUUGUGAUGAUUAUUUUAAUGAGAAUGAAUCAAAAUCUACCGUUGGUGUUGAUUUGAAAGUUAAACUUGUGAGUGUUGAUAACAAGUUUUUCAAAACUGUUCUUUGGGAUACUGCUGGUCAGGAAAGGUAUAGAAACCUGAUACCUUCUCUAUAUAAAGGAACAAAUGGGGUAUUAUUGACAUAUGAUGUUACUGAUAAAAAUUCCUUUGAUGGAUUAUAUCAUUGGAUUAAAGAAUGCUAUGAUAACUGUGAUUUAUCGAGAACCAUUUUCUACUUGGUUGGUAAUAAAUUGGAUCAAGCUGAAAAGCAAGUUAAUAAAGAAGAUAUAAGGAAACUAUUAGAGUACGUUAAAACCAACCACACAGACUUUAAAAUCAAUGCUGUUUUUGAAGUUAGUGCUAAAUAUUCAAACUUUGUCUAUGGUUUGUUUGACAAUGUGAUCAAAGAUUUAGUUGAGCAUCGAUGUUAUUUUGAUGAGAAUAAACUCAGAAGUAAAAGAAGUGUUGAUUUAUCAACUGCAAGAGAUGAUCAACAAACAAAUUGUUGUUCUUAUUGA